UACUCCAUAGUCUAUGGUUUUGUAGAUUGUCAAUCGGUCUUUCGUACGGCAGCGUGCUUUAAUUUGAAAGCGACUAAAUAGACCGAUAUAACAAUUAUUCCUAAGAAUUAUAUGGAUUAAGAUACGUGUAACAUAAAAUGUCGUGGUUAUUUGGAUAUUCUAGACCGUCCCAGCCUCCACCUGAAGGACCGCCUCCUGAAGGAGAGGCUGCGGCAGCUCCUCCAAAUCUAACAAAAGCUGAGAAGAAGGCCAUGGAAGCGUAUAGAUUUGAUUCUAGCGCCCUAGAAAGGGCUGCUCAAGCCGCUCGAGAACUGGAACGGUCAAGACAUUCUAAGGAAGCGCUGGAACUAAGUAAACUACAAGAGGCCACUCGGCAGCAAGAGCAAAUGGCCAAAAUAAAGGAAUAUGAAGCUUCCAUAGAACAGGCCAAGGUCGAACAGCGGAGAAUUGACCAUGAAGAGAGAAGAAAGACUUUGCAAGAAGAAACAAAACAGCAUCAGAUACGCGCCCAGUACCAAGACCAGCUGUCAAAAAAGCGCUAUGAAGAACAAUUGGUGCAGCAGCAGAAAUCUCAAGAAGAAAUAUUAAGGAAACAAGAAGAGAGUGUAGCGAAGCAAGAGGCGCUCCGGCGCGCGACCAUAGAGCAUGAAAUGGAGUUGCGCGAAAAGAACAAACUCAAGGCCAUAGAGGCUGAGGCCAGAGCCCGGGCGAAGGCAGAGAGAGAAAAUAGGGAUAUUAACCUGGAGCAGAUCAGACUAAAGGCUAUGGAAAACAGGACUACUAUUUUGGAGAGCAUACAAACAGCGGGAAGCGUUAUAGGGGCAGGAGUGAACGCUCUCUUAACAGACUGGGACAAGACAUUGGCCGCGGCUGGUGGUCUGUCAUUGCUAGCCCUUGGAGUGUACACCGCUAAGGGUGCCACUUCAGUGACAGCUAGAUUUAUUGAGGCUAGAAUUGGGAAGCCGACGCUAGUCAACGAAACGUCCAGAUUCUCGCUACUGGAGGCGGCCAAGCAUCCCAUACUGACCGUGUCGAGGGCGCUGGCUCACUUCCGCAAGCCGUCGGACGCGCUGGCCGGCGUCGUGCUGGCGCCGAAGCUGGAGACGCGCCUGAGAGACAUCGCCAUAGCGACCAAAAACACUAGGCUCAAUAAGGGCUUCUACAGGAACCUGCUUAUGUACGGUCCCCCGGGGACCGGGAAGACGCUGUUCUCGAAGAAAUUGGCGAAACACUCGGGCAUGGAGUAUGCCAUAAUGACGGGUGGUGACGUGGCACCCAUGGGCAAAGAAGCAGUCGCGGCUAUACAUAAAGUGUUCGACUGGGCCAACACUAGCCGAAAAGGUGUCCUAUUAUUCAUCGACGAGGCGGACGCAUUCCUCCGCAAGCGUUCCUCAGAGCACAUCAGCGAGGACCUGAGGGCCGCCCUCAACGCCUUUCUUUAUAGAACUUCGGACCAGAGCAGCAGGAUUAUGCUCGUGCUGGCUUCAAACACCCCACAGCAAUUCGACUCGGCUAUCAACGAUCGAUUGGAUAAGAUGAUUGAGUUUGGUCUGCCCGGACUGGAGGAGAGGGAACGCUUGAUCAGGCUGUACUUCGACAAGUUUGUGCUGAUCCCCGCUUCGGAGGGCAAGAGACGCCUCAGCGUGGAGCAGUUCGACUACAGCGAGCUGUGCUCGAAGCUCGCGGCGCGCACUGCGGGCAUGUCCGGCCGCGCGCUGUCGAAGCUCGGCGUCGCGUGGCAGGCGGCGGCGUACGCGUCCGACGACGGCCGCCUCACCGAGCAGAUGUGCAUCGACAUAUGCGACGACGCGGUCAACGACCACCGGCAGAAGAUGGAAUGGCUAUCCGCUGAAGAGAAAUCUCGCAGCAUGAUGCCGUAUCUACUAGAUCUGCCGCCUCUAGACACAAACGGUGAUGUACCAAAAAAGACGACAAUCAAACCACUGCCAGAGAAGAAGCGAUCAAAGAAAGACGUCGACCAAGACAAGUGACCACAGAUAAACAAUAAAACCAUAGACUGUGAUAGAACUUUCGACUUCACUGUUACCAGACUAAAAAAGUUUAUCACGCUCACAGAUAUUGAUAUGAUAGUGUUACGCGAGUUGUCUACCCGUGUUAGGAAAUAAAAUAUCCAUAGAUUGUUGAUGGUGUUUAGCGCAAUUGGUUCUAUAUAUAUAUGUUGUUUGGUUAUAAAAUUUGUUUUUGGUUUCUCACCGGUCUUUAUACAAAACUGUAGCGAAUUAACAUAUGGAGUGUUUGUUAUAAGACCGAUGUUAUAAAACGCAAUGUAGCUAAAUGAAUGGUGAUGAUAUUUGUUCCAAAAUCACCGAUCAUAAAACUAUUUAAAUUUAAAUUCUAUAUUGAAUUUGAAUAUGCCAACAUUCGUUUUAUAACCGCAUUUCUUAGCACUGAUGGCAAAUAUUUGUUUCAGUACGCGUUAGUGCUAAGUAAAUAGUUAUCGAUUUAAGUGAUGCCAA